AUGGCCGACGAAGAACCGUCCUACGUCGACUACGAGAGCUUCCUAGCCCCCGACUUCAAGCCCGCCUCCUUUGCCAACACGCUGGUGAUCUCGACCAAUAAUGCCAACGACAGUCCCCUGGACCUGUCAACCCCUCUGUCGCGCGUGCUCUUCGACGCGCAAGAGGUAGACUCGCACAUUGACGUGCUGACGACGCGGUCGGCCCUGCCUCUCCUCAAACACACCCAACAGCAGACCCAGGCGAGCAAGCACAUCGUGUCCGAGCUGGAUGGCCAGGUCAAGAGCCUCAACGAUAGCUACCGCCAGCUCGAGAAGGAGGUCAUCGACAAGCAUGCCGAGGCCGAGGAGGUGAGGCAGGUGGCCCUUAGGCUGUGGGAGACGCUACGGCUCGGCAGGGCCACGGGCCGGUGCCUACAGCUGGGCAGGCAGCUGGAGACGCAGUACGCUGAGCUGGGUGGCAGUAAUGCGUCGGGUGACGACUACGCCGCCCUAGUGCGCUGUGCCUACACAAUCCUCUCGGUGCGGGAGGUGGUGGACAAGAGGGCUCCAGGUGAGGAAGGCCACGGGCUGAACCGCGUCGACGCCGUGCGCAGCCUGCAGGACACCGUCGUCAACCCCAUCGACAAGUCCGUGCGCGAGACGGCCGAGCGAGUCGUGCGUGACUUUUCCCUCACGGCCUCCAUGACCUUCUCCCAGGGCGAAGAGGCCCGCUCCCGCGUCGUCCACGCUCUCACGGUCCUAUACCUCCUCUCGCCGACCGUGGGUCUGAAGCCAGGCAAGUGGGCGCCGAGAUUCCUCCUCCAGGCCCUGGAGUCGCAUCUUCGCUCUUCCCUACAGACCAGCCUAGCUGUCCUGUCACGGUCGCUAGGCCAGCUCCCCACCCUGGACCGUGCCCUCGCCGACGUCACGACCCGGUGCCAGUCUGUCGUUGCACUCGAGGUGAUCCUCGAUGCCACGAAGCCUCCCGCACACCCUCUCCUGCCCGCCGACGCCCAACAGCCUCGGACGCCGCUGCUGCAGACCUUCCUCGCAUACCUGGAGACGCCGUCGCUGCCUUCAUACUUUUGGCGUACAAUGGCUGGAAGCCUGGCCUCGCGUGUCCAGGAUAUCGCCAGCAGGGGCGGUGUCGUUGCCCGCACACUCAAGUCCAACAAGACCAAUGUCGGUGACGCUAUUCGCCAGGCUGUCGCUACGGGAUCACAGUUGCCGCCUGCACUGUCGGGGAUCAGGACGACCAAGGACAAGACUCCUAAUUGGGACAGGGAGACGGCUGUCAUGGUGGGCAGUGUGGUGAACAAUAUUAGGUGA